UGCAACCAAGUGAUGUUGGUUAUUCAUUUGCAUAUCUGAGACCACAAUAUCUCCUAGCCUUCUGCUUCUCAAACCAAAUGAAGCUUCACCAAACCAAUUUAUUUGCAUUUUGGCCUAUACUCCUCUUUUCUAUAAGCCUACUAUGCUUAUUGCAACCUACCAUGACUGCCAUCCCUCCAACAAAUGAAACUGAUCGUUCGGCUUUGCUUAAAUUCAAAGAAUCAAUCACUAACACAUAUAUGAUGUUGAGCUCAUGGAAUGAUUCUAUGCACUUCUGCCACUCGUCUGGAAUCACAUGUGGCCGACGACACCAAAGAGUCACGGCCUUGGACCUACAAGGUUAUAAGUUACGAGGAUCCAUAUCACCUUACAUCGGCAACCUCACCUUCCUUAGGAUCAUCAAUCUCCAAAACAACAGCUUCUAUGACAAAAUCCCACAUGAAGUUGGCCGUUUGUUCCGACUACAAGAGCUGUAUCUUAACAAUAACACAUUGGAAGGUGAAGUACCAUCCAUUUUAUCCAACUGCUCCAAUGCUAGAAUCAUAAAUUUUAAUUGGAAUGAACUUAAUGGGAAAAUUCCAGCAGAGUUAGGCUCUUUGAAGAAGCUUGAAACGCUUGCGCUUCGUGCAAACAAUCUGACAGGAAGAAUUCCACAAUCUUUUGGUAAUCUUUCAUCAAUUAGAAAUUUAUCUCUACCAGUUAACAAAUUGGUGGGAAAUAUACCAUAUCACAUUGGUCAUCUGAAAAGCUUAGUCCGAUUCAGCAUUUCUGCCAAUGAAAUCUCAGGUACAAUACCUUCCUCCCUUUAUAAUAUAUCAUCUCUCCAAAUAAUCUCAGUCUCAAUAAACCAACUCAGCGGUACACUGCCAGCCAACAUUGGCCUCACUCUCUUUAAUCUCAAAUUACUUUUAUUUGGUAUUAAUGAAUUCUCUGGGCCAAUUCCUAUUUCAUUAUGCAACGCAUCUCAGCUUCAAGUCCUUGAUCUUGGUUUAAACAAUUUUUCAGGAUUAGUUCCAACUAAUUUGGGAAAUCUACCAGAUCUUUGGUAUAUAGACUUAUAUAGCAAUUGCCUAGGAAGGGGCCUGGAUUUCUUAAAAUCUUUGACCAAUUGUAGUGGACUAGAUUUUUUGGAUUUUGGUACAAACCAAUUUGGAGGUGUUUUGCCUAUACAUGUUGGUAACUUGUCAACCCAACUUACGGGAUUAUAUUUUGGAAGCAAUGAAAUUUCUGGAACUAUUCCUGUAACAUUAGGGAAUCUUGUCAACUUAAUUGCCUUAGGCUUGGAGAAUAAUCUUUUCACAGGCCUCAUUCCCACUAUUUUCGAGAAGUUUCAAAAAAUUCAAAAAUUGACUUUAAAUGGAAAUAGAUUGCUAGGAGAGAUACCAACCUCCAUAGGCAACCUUACUCAGUUAUUCGAACUCCAUUUAGAUGGAAACAGAUUAGAAGGAAGCAUACCUCCAAGUCUAGGUAAUUGCCAAAAUUUGCAAAUCUUAAGCAUUUCACAAAAUAAUCUUAGUGGAUUCAUCCCCCCGCAGCUUAUUGGUCUAUCUUCCCUUCCAAUACUACUUAACCUGUCUCACAACUCAUUUUCCGGCAAACUACCUUUUGAAAUAGGCAAUCUGAAAAAUAUUUACCAACUUGAUAUCUCUGAGAAUAAUUUGUCUGGGGAAAUUCCUAGCUCUAUAGGAGACUGUUUGAGCUUGGAGUACCUUAGCUUGGAAGGUAAUUCCUUUGAAGGAUCCUUACCGUCAUCUAUAGCUUUCUUAAAAGGCCUCAAAUUCCUUGAUGUUUCAAGAAAUAACCUGUCAGGCUCAAUUCCAAAAGGUUUAGAAAAGCUUCCUUUUUUAAAAGAAUUGAACCUCUCAUUCAAUGAUAUCAAGGGUGAGUUGCCAACAGAGGGAGUUUUCAAAAAUGCAAGUGCUAUAUCAGUGAUCGGAAAUACUAAACUUUGUGGUGGUGUUCCACAACUGUUGUUGCCUCCAUGUCCUAUUGAAGUCAUAAAACCUACAAAGUCCCUUUCAUUCACACUUAAAAUUGCAACCAUUGUUGUUGUUGUAUGUUUCCUUUUGUUUUCAUUCAUUCUUUUUCUUCAUCGGAGGAAAAAAUCAAAAAGGAAUUCAUCUUCUUUGGAUUCAACAAUAGACCUCCUGCCAAAUGUUUCUUAUAAAAUGCUUUAUCAGGCAACCAAUGGAUUUUCUCCUAGUAACUUAGUUGGGACUGGCAGUUUUGGCUUUGUAUAUAAAGGAGUUCUUCACCCCGAGGAAAGAUUAGUUGCUGUAAAGGUCCUUAACCUUCAACGAAAGGGUGCUUCCAAGAGUUUUAUGGCUGAAUGUAAUGUACUAAGAAAUAUCCGACAUAGGAAUCUUGUCAAGAUAUUAACAUGUUGCUCGAGCAUGGAUUACAGUGGGAAUCAAUUUAAAGCUCUAGUCUUUGAAUUCAUGACAAAUGGGAGUUUAGAUAUCUGGCUUCAUCCAAAGAUAAACAGGGAAGAUCAAUCAGGGGUCCUGAGCCUUCUUCAAAGACUAAAUAUUGCAAUUGAUGUUGCUUGUGCAUUAGAUUAUCUUCACAACCAUUUUGUGCAACCAAUCAUUCAUUGUGAUUUGAAGCCAAGCAAUAUUCUUAUUGACAAUGACAUGGUGGCUCAUGUAAGUGAUUUUGGUUUAGCAAGACUCGUCUCAACUGUUACUGAUUCUUCUCAAAAGCAAAGUAGUACAAUUGGGAUAAAGGGGUCUAUUGGCUAUGCUGCUCCAGAGUAUGGCAUGGGUGACGAAGUAUCAACAGCGGGGGACGUGUAUAGCUUUGGAGUAUUUCUAAUGGAGAUGUUCUUGGGAAAGAGACCAACUGAUGAAAUGUUUAAAGAUGAUCUCAAUCUCCACAAUUUUGUUAAGAUGGCAUUGCCAAAACGACUUGUUCAAAUUGUGGACCCAACACUUCUCAUAAGAGAAGUUGAAGAAAUUCCAGCAGUUGCAGUGCUAGCUAGAGAAUAUAAUAAUGAGAAUGAAAUUGAAGCAGAAGAAGUAAAUCAAGGUAAUGUUAAUCACUGCCAAGUGGAAGCUAAUGUGUAUAAGUGCUUAGUCUCAGUCCUUGAAAUUGGUCUUGCAUGUUCCAUGGAGUCACCAAAAGAAAGAAUGAAUAUGGAGGAAGUUAGCAAGGAACUACAUUCAAUAAAAAAUGCUUUUCUUGGUUCUAGAUUUGAAGAGGUUAGAGAAUCCAAGCUGAGGUCCUUCUACAUUUCAAAUUUGAAUUUGCUUAAAUAAAAUUGCACAUGACAAUUGUCUCAUAAAUUGGUGAUGUCCUAAGUUGUAACAUACUGGCCAUUACUGUUUUUAUUCUUUUGGGCAGAUGAUCUUGAUUGUAUAACUAAAUUUUCUGUAUUAAAUUAUUUGAGUAACAUAUUCGAUUGUUUAGACCUGACC